AUGUGGCGAGCACUACGAGGCAUCGCAUCAGGAUUCGUUCACACAGCGGCAUGGGCCCGCGCGCCUGCAAUGGCGACCAUGCAAGUAUACCCAGUGCGUACGCUCAAGACGACGCCUGUAUGGAAUGUGACUCUGCAACAAGCGAUGCGUGGGGCGCGACGACCACACCGACCACCAGUUAAUCGAGUGCCUGCAUUGGAAGGAUGUCCCUUCGUGAAAGGCGUCUGUACGAAAAUUUUCACGACGAAGCCGAAGAAGCCAAACUCGGCGAUUCGAAAAAUGGCGCGUGUACGGCUGACGAAUGGCCGUACAGUGACGGCGUAUAUUCCUGGUGAAGGACAUAAUCUCCAAGAACACAGUGUGGUCCUUAUGCGAGGCGGCCGUGUGCAAGAUGUACCAGGUGUGCGCUACACACUUGUGCGUGGUGCCCUGGACUUUGGCGGUGUAGUAGGACGGACGACGUCACGGUCCAAGUAUGGCGCAAAGAAACCGAAAGAAACCAUCUAA